AUGGCCGAGCUCACCCCACCUUCAUCACACAACUCAACUCCCGUCCGCCCACCAGCCGACGAGCUCCCACCUCCAUCGCCUACAGCCGGACUCGGUACCAGAUCCCACCAUCCACUGAUGAAGAGCACAUCGAUGGACGUGGACGAUCACCUGUCCGAUACUGACUCUUCGGGUAGCACUGGAGAGAUAGUGCAGGGUGAAGAUGGAGAGGACGAGUUGGAAGCACGGGAAGAAGGGGAUGAAAUUAUGGGUUCUUCCUCUGGUGAAGAUGAACUUGAACCAGGACAAGUACCUUUGAGUGAAGAAGGUGGAAAAGGGAAGGGUAAGGAGACUAGAGAAGGGGGAAUGAGACGAGGAAAAUUGAGGAACAAACGUUCCAGGAAACAACAACCUCGAUCUACAGCUCAAGGAUCACUCAUGACUUCAUCCAAACUGUCUCGAGGAGGAGGAGGAGGAAAGAAAGAUGGGGAUUUGUGGGAGAGUGAGAUUGUCGAUAGAUGGAAUAUUGAAAUCGGUGAUGUCUGCUCUGAUGACAUCGUGGCUACUUCAUCGAAUCCUAUCGUCUCUAGUCAAAGUCAACUCAUCCCUGCUUGA